AUUAGUACGGGGAACCAGUGAGAAGGGACAUGUAAGACAGACACAGUUACACAGUGGUCAGGGAAGAACCUACCAAUUCUACAUCAGUGCGCAGGAAUUUCGCAUCCUUGUUAUUGGGGCUGCUUUAGUUUCUGUAGUGGCUUGGACAGAAGGAAAGCUGUAAAUCUACACAGAAGUGUCAAUGUUGCUCUAUUGAAGGAUAUUAUCACUGUGCUGCAACUGGACAUCCCCUACGGAACAGCCAUUUCCUACCAGUCCUCUUCAACUACUGUGAAACCAACACUGUCUUUUUAAGAGCGCGACAGCCAGACGGACUUGCGCGAGUGACAGGCGCAGUUAUUUUAGAAUAUUAUAUUUUCAUCUGAUUUUGGAUGCACCGAUGAGAGAUCCAGUUUUCACAGCGAACGCUAUGGCUUAUCACCCUUUUCACGCGCACAGGCCGGCCGACUUUCCCAUGUCAGCUUUCCUUGCGGCGGCUCAACCCUCGUUCUUCCCAGCGCUCACUUUACCACCGGGUCUCAGUAAACCGCUGGCGGAUCAUGCGCUCUCCGGCGCGGCUGAGGCUGGCUUACACGCGGCACUUGGACAUCACCACCAGGCGGCUCAUCUCCGCUCCUUCAAGAGUCUAGAGCCAGAGGAGGAUGUUGAAGACGAUCCUAAAGUUACAUUAGAAGCUAAGGACCUUUGGGAUCAAUUCCACAAAAUUGGAACCGAAAUGGUUAUCACUAAAUCAGGAAGGAGAAUGUUUCCUCCGUUUAAAGUGCGCGUGAACGGCCUGGACAAAAAAGCAAAGUAUAUACUUUUGAUGGAUAUUGUUGCGGCAGACGACUGUCGGUACAAAUUUCACAACUCUCGAUGGAUGGUCGCAGGAAAGGCCGAUCCGGAGAUGCCCAAGCGAAUGUACAUUCACCCGGAUAGCCCAGCCACGGGUGAACAGUGGAUGGCAAAGCCUGUUGCUUUCCACAAACUUAAACUGACCAACAAUAUUUCGGAUAAACAUGGAUUUACCAUUCUAAAUUCGAUGCACAAAUACCAACCCAGGUUUCAUAUCGUUAGAGCCAACGAUAUUCUGAAGCUCCCUUAUAGCACCUUCAGGACAUAUGUAUUUCCUGAGACCGAUUUUAUAGCUGUCACUGCGUAUCAGCAUGACAAGAUCACACAACUGAAAAUCGAUCAUAAUCCAUUCGCGAAAGGAUUCAGAGACACGGGGAAUGGAAGAAGAGAAAAAAGAAAACAGUUAGCCCUGCCGUCAAUGCGCAUGUACGACGAUCAAUGCAAAGUCGAUCGAGAUGGAGGAGAUUCGGACGCCUCAUCUUGCGAACAAACUACUGGAAGGGAUUCAGUUCAUUCACCGAUUGGACCACCAUCAAGUCCACUUAAAUUCAACAGAUCCAUAGAUGACAAAAACUGCAAUGAAAGUGACAACGAACUUGACCAACAUGAUAAUGGAAUGAUCAGAGUCGGUAGUCCAGACCAGAGACCACGAUCACCAUUCAGCCCACACUGUGAGGACAGAGUCAACGAGAGAACUACCCCAGAAAAGAAGGGGGACUAUUCAGAUUCAAGGAAAGAAACUGACUCUGUCUUCAGCAUCAGGAACUUGGAGAAGGACAAACUGGAUAGCAGGAAUUUGAAAGAAUCAGAUACCGCCAAAAAGGAUGCAGACUCUGUGGGCCUGAGCACGGUCAAAGAUGGCUUUUCCCCUCUAAUGGUCCAAACAGAAAGCCCAUCACAUUUUAGUGCAAGUCACUUGCAAAGUCUAGCCCUCUCUGGUUUACACAAUCAGCAUUUCUUUAACCCACUGAGUACAGGACAACCACUCUUAUUUCACCCUGGGCAGUUUGCUAUGACUCCUAGUGCUUUCUCAACCAUGGGCAUGGGACACUUGUUAGCCUCAAUGUCUGGAGCAAGUGGACUAGAGAAUGGCAGCCUCUCCUCUCAGAGCACCAGUUCACCCAACCCUUUCCCAUUCCACUUAUCACAACAUAUGCUUGCAUCUCAGGGUAUCUCCAUGCCACCGUUCGGGGGACUGCUACCCUACCCGUACACGUACAUGGCGGCUGCAGCCGCAGCGGCCUCCGCUCUCCCCGCCGGCGUCGCCGCCUCCACCCUCAGCCGGAACCCCUUUCUCAGCAGCGCUCGGCCAAGGCUGCGAUUCAGCCCCUAUCAGAUCCCCGUGUCUGUUCCUCAGAGCUCCGGUCUGCUCACCACCGACGUACCGAGCGCUCUGAGCGCGGAGUCAGAGUCAUCGAAGUCAGGCAGCAGGGAAAGCAGUCCUAUAUCUGAACACCACAGCCAUAAAACCGGAAGCGGCCAGAACAAGGGAUCUCCCAAAUCUUCAGGGACGGAUUCCGUUAACGAAUUGCAGAACAUACAAAGAUUAGUCCGCGGACUGGAGAAACACAGAGACGUGUCACCCCGUAGCGAUUCACCAAACUGACCCCACGAACAUAACCAUUCGCUGUUUCUAAUUGCAUAAUUAUGCUUCAGUGAAAAAAGGUCAAAGUUUGAUGAUGAAGUUAUGGCUCGGACAUUGGAACAACCCUCAUCAUACCUGGAUCUUGAAGAGAACUGUAACAUAGGCCUAUGUUACGCCCACUUUUUGGAUCUACAAGGCAUUCUGAUUUCAUUCACCCUUGAUUUGGCGAAGAAAUUAUACUAUGAAAAAAUAAAACGCAAAUCCCUGGACUGUUCUUUUUUCUGUUUGAAUUUGGUUAUCAUGUAAUAUCCAAACAAUUUUUGGCCCAAAUUUUUCAGUGUAUUUUGAAAAAGGACUGCAAACGCAACAGUCUCUGACAACAUCUAAGGAUGCUCAACGUUCAAGUUGCUUAUUGUGUUGGGCCCCGUUUUUCUAAUUAUUUAUGAUAAUAAAAGUAAAACACGUAGCCUAUGUAAAUAAUGUUAAUGGACUGAAGGAGACGGAUUUUAAUUUAUUUAAAAUUGUACAUUGGUGUGUAAAUACUAUUAGGUCUCGAUUUGUUACAUUUAUAUAUAUUUUCCCAUUUACAAAUAUGAAUAUUAUCUAGCGCUUGAUAGCAGGAAACGAAUGUGUUAUGUUUGUGAUAUCCUGCCAGAUACGUAAAGGAAAAGCCACUGUAAAUCUAAAUCUCUGGUGAUACAUUUCAAAGCUGUUUCAUUUGUAGCUAAAUUCAACAAAAGAUGUUUAAAUGUAAUGAUGGUCCAUAGGCAGGGACAACUCAGGUUUCUUUCUAAUCAUGCAUUGAGAAGGUCAUUGUGUAGUUUCUCUUAUGAGAGCUUAUCUGUUUAAACAUCUCGGUGCUGGAUUUUCGGGUAAUUGAGCGAUUUUGUUGCAUUCUCUCAGUUUCAAUAAAACGAAAGUGUUCAUUUA